AUGGAGAAUCAAAAUCACCUCUCUGAGGCACAGCGACUCGCCUUAGAUAAACUAUCUGCGUUCGUCGGGCCCGAUCAAAUCGAGGCCCUUUUGGCCCAAGGUCCCGAGGUUCUAAAUGCUCGUCUUGAGGCCUUUAUGCAUUAUGAAGCAACGCUCCUCGGGCAGGUCCAUGACCAGGUAGCGUCAGCUGCACCUACACAGUACAUUCCGGUACCUGUGCCCGAUGCAGAGCCAAAAGCUCGCCCACUUGUUUUGAACGUAAAGACCUUCGAGGGGAAGGAGGGAGAAAAUAUUCUCCUCUGGAUCCAAGAAGUUGAAAUGGCAAUGGAUGCCGCCAUGCUUGCAUCCGAUAAGCAACGAGUUGGCUUGGCCAUUUCAAAGCUCGGUGGAAGAGCUAGAGAGUGGGCUUUAACCAGCGGUGUCUCUGCUUAUCGUGUGCGCUCACGCUUCUUAGCUACCCGACAGGGUAAGAAAGAAUUGUCGGACUAUGUCCAAGAGUUGAGAUCUCUCAUUGCUGCUAUGCAGCAGGAUCCAUUGGCAGAGGAAGUCCGAGUAACCAUUUUUAUGGAAGGACUUCGCACUGGGGUCGCCAGGACGGAAGUUUUCCGUGUCCAGCCUUCGACUUUUGAGGAGGCACCGUGGAUCGUUUGGAGAUCCAAAACUUUAGGCGCAACGCGCAAUGUUCCUAGUGAAGCUUUGGAGAGUCAUGAACCCACCUUCGCUAGGAAACAAAAGUGCUAUUGGCGCGAGCCGUUAACUGAUUCAGUUAGUGUGCUGGACAUUGGAGUGUCUGAGUUUUUAAAUUCCGAUGUCAACAUUAAUAGUGUCGAGCAGAGCUCAGUGACACCUAGUGGAACGGCACGUACUCCGUUGAGUGAUACUCAAAGUAAUAUUGAGACACUGGAUGUCGGUAAUGACAUCGGCUCUCGUAUGGAGCAAGUUAAGGUCGAUGACCUUGUUAGUAAUAUUGGCUGUAAAUGCGAUUCACUGGAUGUCGGUAAUGACAUCGGCUCUCGUAUAGAGCAAGUGAAGGUCGAUGACCUUGUUAGUGAUAUUGGCUGUAGAUACGAUUCACUGGAUGUCGGUAAUGACAUCGGCUCUCGUAUAGAGCAAGUUAAGGUCGAUGACCUUGUUAGUGAAGUCACUGGUACUAGUGACCCACUGGAUGUUGGUAAUGACAUCGGCCCUCGCAUAGGGCAGGUGAAUGUCAAAGGGUCUGUUGACCUUGGGGAUGAUAAUAUUCCAAGUACCUUGAAGAGUACGGUCUCGUCAAUGAGACGGCAGCGUCGCCAGAUGGCGGCUGCGAGACGCAAGGCGUCUGUUUUAUCGCAUGGUAAUGUCAGUGACCAGUUGUACACCCUGGUCAACAGAGUGACAGGUGAUGCAGAUGGUGAGGUUGACCUUGAGGCCCUCCCAUCAUUAAAUGCUCUCUUAGAGCUAGACGAAUUGUCUGUGGAUGAAUUUCAUCAGGCCUUGAAGGCUGGUGCUCUAUCCGAUAUGGUGGUCAUUCGACCUAACCUCGAGCUGAACUCAUCCUCGCUUGUCGAUGAGAUAGACCCUUCAGAUCCCUACUACCCUUUAGUUAAGGAAUUCCAGGAUGUGGUGUGUCACGAUCCACCGUCGGUUCUACCACCUGAUAGGGGUGUACGUCAUGAGAUUGACUUGGUUCCCGGAACCAAAUACUGUGUAACACGGCAGUGGCAUUUAACCAAAGAACAGUGUGACGUCAUUGACGAGUUCUUCCGUGCAAAGCACGCGGCGGGCAUGGUGCGCGAGAGCAAAUCUCCACACUCGACACCCACUUUCUGUGUUAAGAAACCGAAUGGUAAGUGGCGUAUUGUUCAUGCUUAUAAUAAGCUCAAUGCGGCCACUAUACCUGCACAGACACCGAUACCUAGAAAGGAUGUUCUUCAGAACAAUAUGGUCGGUUGUACCAUGUACAGUGCGCUCGACUUAGUCGAUGGUUAUUACCAAUUGCUCAUGCGAGCUAGUGAUAUUCCGCUUACUGCUGUUAGUACUCCGAGCGGUAUGCUCUGGGAGUGGUUAGUGAACCCCAGGGGCUAUCUAAUGCUCCGGCUACGUUUAACCGGUUGGUGA